AAAUUUCACCGCCUUUUGCUGCAUGGAUACUAGUUUUUCCUGAAUACGCGACUCAUAGAGGGCGCCCUGGAGUUUGGUGGGGGCGGGGCAGGGGCCCGGCCACUGCCACAUUCACAUAAACUACCAUCCAGUCAAUGCAAACUGGGUUCAAUUCCCCGGCCCCAUAAAUAGAUUAACUUCAGUAAAGUUUUAAGGUGUAGCACUCAACUGCCAGAAUGUCCGAGCCCACUCCAAUUAGAGAUACAGAAGAAAAUGUUAAGUUGAUUUAUCAAAUGUCUGCCAAGGCUAACUUCAAGGAAGCAGUAGGACAAUUCUAUGACAAAUGGGCUGAACAUUACGACGAGGAUUUGGAAAACUCAAAGUACGUUGCCCCAGUGGGUGGUGCAGAGGAGUUGAGUAAACGAGUGGAGGACAAGAACGCUCUCAUUAUCGACUGUGCAGCAGGUACUGGGCAGGUCGGAGUGGAGUUGGCGAAGCGGGGAUUCAAGAAUAUUGACGCUGUAGAUAUGUCUCAGAAGUCCUUGGACAUUAGCGCCUCCAAGGGAGUCUACAGAAAGCUCUUCUGUGACAGCCUCGGCAAAAACAAAAUCAAAGGAGUUGAAGAUGGUUGUUACGAUGCUUUAACCUGCAUAGGAGCCGUAGGCGUUGGGCAUAUUGCCGAAGAUGCAUUUGUGGAAUGGAAUCGAAUGUUGAUGAUUUAAUCAUGUAUUGUACCUUGCCUUCAUUUAGGUUGUUACGAUGCUUUAACCUGCAUAGGAGCCGUAGGCGUUGGGCAUAUUGCCGAAGAUGCAUUUGUGGAAUGGAAUCGAAUUGUCAAAAAAGGUGGAAUUAUGGUUUUCAGUGCCAGCAAAGUGUCAUUUGAGAAUGAGCCCGAACGGCAAAAAGAGAUUAAAAAUCGAAUCCGAGCUGCAAUAAAGGAUCUGGUUGAGCAAGGACAGUGGGAAAUGCUGGAACAUGAGGAUAUGGACUACUUGUUUGGACGUCGAGCCGAUAUGUUUACAGUUCGCCGGCUUUAAAAACAGACUUGGGUCCUAUUUGAGAAAGCUGUUGAGCAAGAAAUACUGCUUGACAAAUUGUUUGGAGUAUAAGCAAAAGGUGAUAGGGGCACCAGUUGCAACAAUGUAAACUUGAUAGAUUGUUGGCUGAAAACCCGUUUCUGCUUAGAAAAAAUUGUCCGUUGCUUAGCAGUUCUUUGUGCUAACAGGCUUUAUGAAAUUGGGCCCCGAUGUCAAUGGUUUUGGGGAAAAUAUCCACCAGACUAAAAAAAGCUUGUAGCUCAAAAUAGUUUUACGGGACCAGUUUUUUUUAACGAGACCUGAAUCAAAAUGAGCUGAACAACCACCAAGGGAAAUCUAUAGUAGAAGUGUACUUUGAUACUCAAGAGACUUAAAGGCAGUGGACACUAUUGGUAAUAGACCCUUCCCAUGAAAUAUGUAAAUUGCACAUAGCGCGUA